AUGGCUCGCCGCGACCAGCCCUACGUGGAGAUCGUCGAGCAGCCGGCCAGCAAGGCGCUCAGAUUUCGCUAUGAGUGUGAGGGCCGGUCAGCGGGUUCGAUACCCGGAGUGAAUAGCACGUCAGAUAACAAGACUUACCCUACAAUUAAGAUAUGCGGAUACACAGGACAGGUGGUUAUUGUCGUGUCCUGUGUCACCAAAGAUGAACCUUACAGGGCACACCCCCACAACCUGGUGGGUCGAGAACGCUGCGAGAGGGGAGUGUGUACCAUCCCCCUUCGCGUCACAGAGGAGACAUGUGAAUACCAGUUUAAGAACCUCGGCAUCCAAUGCGUGAAGCGACGGGACAUCGCCGAGGCCCUUACCAUCAGGGAGAAAUUGAGGGUGGACCCCUUUAGAAAAAACUUCGAUCACAAGAACCAUCCUCAAAGCAUCGACUUGAACGCGGUGCGACUAUGUUUCCAAGUGUUCUUGCCGGACGAGACGGGGCGACUACGGCGUCCCCUGACGCCAGUCGUGUCGGACGUCAUCUACGACAAAAAGGCCAUGAGCGACUUGCUCAUCAUGCGGUCCAGCCACUGUUCUGGGCCAGCAAAAGGCGGGACUCAAGUUAUCUUACUUUGUGAGAAGGUGACCCGAGAAGACAUCGAAGUAGUUUUCUACCAGGAAGAAGACGGCAUAAUUGUCUGGGAGGAGAUAGCCAUCAGGAUCCUGGUGCACAAACAAGUUGCAAUUGCUUUCGAGACGCCAGCCUACAAAUACCCGAAUACUACUGACCAUGUUAACGUGUACUUCCAGCUGAAGAGGCUGUCGGACAACGCUCGCAGCAACUCACUGCCGUUCGAGUACUACCCCGACUUCUCAGAGAUGAAUAUUAAGAAGCGGAAGAUGGUAAACGACUCGUUACGAAACUACGAUCUUGAAAGAAUGUACUCGACGGUGGACCAACAAAUCAAGUCGGAGCCAAGAGACCGGACUCCGCCCCACCAUAACAUAAGCAGUCCGCCGCUGCACGGCUACGCGCCUCAAUAUGAACAGAAUUGGCCAAUGGACAAUAUGCAAGGUGGACUCGGGAUACCUGGACCGAGCCACGGAGCAGUGCCUGGCGGCCACGGGAACCCGUUCGCCCAGGAAAUGUGGCAGAACCAACAGUACGGCCAGGUGUCCCCCGCCCACCUGCAGCCGGCCGCCAUGGCACAGAACCUGCAGGUGUUGCAGCCCAACAUGCACGCCAUGUCGCCCAGGAUGCAGGCCAUGUCGCCCAGCAUGCAAGCCAUGUCGCCCGCCAUGCAGCCCAUGUCGCCCAACAUGCAGCCGCUGUCGCCCAACAUGCAGGCGCCCUACGCGGCCGAGCGCAUGUCCCCCAACAUGGCCGUCAUGUCCCCGCACGCACAGACCAUGUCCCCCAACAUGCAGGUCAUGUCCCCCAUGGGCCGCGUGUCCCCGAACAUGCCGCAGAAUAUGGGGCAUAUCUCGCCCAACUUGGUGCAACACCAAACCACUUAUUCGCAGCAGCCGGCGGGCAUGGAGACGGAGGCGCACAGCGCGUCGCUGAGCCACCUGCUGCUGGACCGCGCGGACGCCAGCCUGCUGCUCAACUCCAGCGAGCUGUCGGGGCUCUCCGACCUGCUGGGGAACACCAUCCCGCAGUAA